AUGACAUUUUUAAAGAUUUGUGUCGGACGCCGAAUGGGAGCUCAAAAUGGAAAAUUGGAGACUGGAAAGGUGAAAUUUGAGAAUUUGGAUGAUCGAGAUGUUGGAAAAAUGAGAGAACUUUUUGAAAAAUAUCAGGCGAAAAAUGGGAGAAUUGAUUUAUCACAGUUUAAGGUAAGGUUUUAUCUAAUCGAAAAUUUUGUACACAAUUCUCGUAUUUUCUAGGCCGCCUUUCCAAUACUCAAUCAAUUUUCCACCAAAAUCUUCGAUUAUUUGAAAGACGCAAAAGAUAAUAAAGUGACAAUUCCAAGUGUUUUACAAAUGUGCAAUUCGGCAUUUGGCACAUAUUCUGAACAAUCUGAAAUUCUGAAAAAUUUAUUUGCAAACGAUAUUAUAUCAAAUAUUGUGACAAUAUAUUCAAAAGCAAAUGCGAUUUCAAAUCAUGAAAAAUUAAUAAGAUAUUUUAAUGAAACAAAUCGAUUUGGAAAUGAAAAAUUUGAUAUGUUUCUACUCGAAAAUCCACUAUUCGUCAAGGUUUGUUUUUUUAUUUUAAAAUUUAUUCGAAAUAUUGAAAAGCAACUUUUUUUAGAUGAGCCAAUUCGUGUUUUCUUCAAUUCUUUCGAAAGUUUCGAAGCCAAUUCAACCAAAUCUUCAAAAUGUGAAAUCUUCACUUUUAGAUAGUUCAGAUUUACUUGUUCUGAAUUCACAUUUACCAAUGGAUCAGCAAAAGAAAUGGACAUUAUUGUUUUCAAGGUAAUUUUGAAUUAGGUUAUUUGAGAUUGACAUUUUACGAUGAUUUUAAGACCGGAAAAUCUAACCUUAAUUUGAAUCUGAACCAAACCUCGGCCAAGCCGUGGCUGGCCAGAGUACAAUUUUUUGAAAAAUCUGAAUUUCAGUUUUUAGAGGUCAAACAUUGAAAAUUCACAAUUUUUGUACUGUAAAAAGUUAGCGUACAAUUUUUUAUUAUGGAAACCACGAUUUUGGCCGAGGUGUGAUCUGAACUGAAUUUAUUAGGGUGAAUCGUAGAACAGUCCCCCACCUAUGUCAUUUUAAGUCCCCACUGGUCAGACAUAUUAUAGGUCCACCUUAUUAUGGUCAAAAAUCUUGUUGGUGGGGACCUAAAAGUAAGUUGACACGUGGGGGCUCAAAAUGAGGGUGGUGGGGACCUUUUUUCCGAAAUACCCUAUGAUCGAAAUAAAAGUCCCCAACUCUAUUAAAAUUAUGUGAAAAUAGGCCCCCACAUACAAAUAUAUGUCCCACCCCAAUAUAGGUCCUCAUCCAAAAAUAAGUCCCCACAUAGUCAUUUUCGGUCCCCACUUCCAUUGAGUGGGGACUCGGUGGGGACUUUUACUUGUUGGUGGGGGCUUACUUUGAGGUGGGGGACUAUUCUGCGAUUCACCCAUUUAUUAUUUUUGAUUCACUAUUUAAUGAGAUAAAAAUUCCAAAUUUUCGAAUUUAUCCCUUCCAACUUUUAUCCCUUUUUAAAAAUUGUACUUUUAAAUUAUCCACGUGUUAAACCUCUAUGAAAACCCGAUUAAAAUAUAACAAUUAUGCAUGUAAACAUAAUCUCCAAAAAUAUCUAGUUUUUUCUUUCGUUAUAGUUUGUUUUGUUUUUUUUCAGUGCAUCAAUGGGUGAUUCAUUUUCUCAAAUGGUGAAACGAAUAAAUCGCGAAGGAUCGUGUAUUGUUUUAAUUCGAUCUGAGAAUCAGAAAACAUUCGGAUUUUUCGCAUCCGCCGGUUUUCAAUCAGGUCCACUUUAUCAUGGAAAUGAACAAUGUUUUUUAUUUGAAAUCGGAAAAGAUAAUAUUAAUUUGUAUUCAUCGACGGGAAGAGAAAAUAAUUAUGCAUAUUUGAAUUAUCAACAACAAAGUUUGCCAAAUGGAUUGGUUAGUUUUCACGAAAACAUCAGAAAUUUCUUGUAUAUUGUUCAUUUUUAUAGGGAAUUGGAGGAAAAGAGGAUGUUUGGCCUGUUUUUAUCCAUGAAGAAUAUGGGUCUGGAAUUUGUCAAAAAGACUCGGUGGCUUUUGAAAAAUGUUUUGUAGCAGGUGAAAAAGAAUUUCAAAUUGAAACAAUGGAAGUUUGGCGAGUUGGUGAAAAACCAGUAAAUCGAGAUGAGAAUGGUGAUAUAAUUCCCGAAAAGAAAGAAAAAUCGAUAAUUGACAAAGAUCCGGAAGCACGAGCUGUUUUGGAAAUGGCUGGAAAACCAAUGCAUUCAGAUAUUUACCGAGAUCCACCACCACUUCUUGAUGAAGAAGAUGAAACGCCAUAA